AUGAAACGCAAUGCUCACACGGCAAAUUCUUCUUUAACCGAACCUGUUAAUAAUAAUUCGUCGAAACGUAGUUGUACACAAAAAGAAACUAAAAAUUGUGUUGCAAGCAAUUCAUCAACAGCAUCCUCAUCAUCUCUUGAUAACAUUUCAUGCUCGAUUGUUUCCUCGUCGACAUCUAGUGAGCUAUUAAACAUGGAAGAAAAUAUGGAAUCAUUAAUUGCGAUGGGUUUUACCAAUCGGGAACUAAAUCGUUCGGCACUAACGAAAGCGAAUAAUGAUAUCAGUGAAGCUAUCACUUACCUCACUAACCCAACCUAUACAAAUGACGAUGUGAUUAUUCCCAAUGAAUCACCACCUCCGCCGUCGAUUCCCGCAUUCAUCGGUCCACUUACAAAAGAACAAGUUGAUCAACAACAACAGCAACAACAACAUAUGGUUUCAUCUAAUAAUAAUUCAAGUAUCUCGUCAGAUGAUUUAUCAAUGACGAAUCCAAAUUCAUUCACUACGAAUGCUUUUCUUGAUUUGGAAACCAAAGUUUACGGAGAUAAUUGGUCAAUUCCUUAUAAACGUGAUGAAGUUCUUGGUCGCUGUUUAUUAUCCGCCACUAAACUCGCUCUGGCUGGCACAGCGGAUCAAGACGAACAUUGCAAGAAAUUCAUGGAGAUUCUUAUUCCAGAUGCUUUUCGCAAGUUACAAUGUUCACAUCAUGUGAAUAACUGGGGUGUUGAAGUUCAAUUAGGUGUUUUCGAUAUGGUGGAACUAUUAGUUGAUUUAAUCGCUGCUCGUCUCUCCUACACUCCCGUCCCUGUUCAAUUACUUGAAACUUUAGCUAUACUUUUCGAUCAUGAUUCUGUUUUUCAACGAAAACACAAGAGUAAACCUUACGAUCGUUUAUUAUAUGAUAAACAGCCAAGUGAACGUCUCUUGGCCAGUUCACCGCCAUCAUCGACCUUUUCCGUUUAUAAUCGAAAUGAACCUUAUGGUUGGCUAUGUCAAAUAAUAAAUCGUUUCGUCUCAAAAGACGGAAUACAAAAUUUGAAAAAACAAUUCAAAGCUGAUCAACCGUUGACUGCAUUAGAGUACAACGCUUUACUUUCACCUUUUGUUAACUGCAUGGAUUAUAUAGUUGUGGAUAAAUAUCGACAAUUAUUUAGUGAUCAUGUUGAACAAGCAUUAGAUUAUGUGAAGAACUUGAAAGAUGAAGAUUUCAAAGCGAAAUCAACCAAUUCGACGUUUGAGUUACUUUCAACUUUAAGAAAAAUCUGUUCUGUCGUCUGGAGUAGUCGUCUUGGACAAGUCGAGGAAUUACACCUGAAAUUACUACUAAAAAUGGUGGCAUUAUCAAAUUUCAACGCGAAAAUGAAUUCAUUAAAAGAAUUGGCUAAAAUUAUCGAGUGCUGCACAUCAAACAUUCAAAGUAUAUCAAAAGCAUCAAUCUCACGAGAUACUGUUAGCGAAUGGAUCAUAGAAUACUCAAUACUUUCCAAAGCAUUAGAAGGAAACAUUGAUCAAAAUCAAUAUGUGGAAAAAGUACGAACUCUAAUGGAUUUUAUUGCACCAAGAAUUUUGAAGGAAGAUAUUGAAACUAUAUGGCAAAUGCAACAUGGUCGUUCGUUAGUAGCAGUAGAUCAUCUGUUUACAUUGAUCGCUUCUGCUGCAGCAAAAUUCAAUCUUGAACAGCUCAAUCAUCUGAUUGAUCUUAUCUAUAACUCGUGGAAAACGGAAACGAUUCUUAUUCAAGAAAAACUUAUCGACUUACUUGGUUCUAUUGGUCGUGAAUGUCAAAAAGAUUCCGCUGCUCGUGUUCUAGAAGUCCUUUGGGAUAUGGCACAUGAAGAUCGUCUUAGUCGAUCCAUGCUGGAACAUCUCCUUCAUUGUCAUUUACGAGUAUUUAGCGAAGGUCGAUCACCUUACGAUGCAUUGAAACGUGACUACUGUCUGAAAUGUAUGACCGAUCUUCAACGUAAGCAAGGUUGGCUCGUACCGGCUAUCAAACAUCUCUACGAAUUACUACGUCAUGAUUCAACAAAUACCUUCAAACGUUCGGAACAAGAUCUGAUUUCGCUAUUAGUUAAUAAACAUGAUUUAAUCUCAGCAUUAAUUCAAAGCUUAUCAACAUGUCAAUUAGAUGUUUGGAAUAAAACGCAUGGAAAUGUUACGAUUGAUACGUUAGUUGAUGGUCGUUUUACACAUGAAGAAUCGAUUAAAACUCACUUAGAUUUGCUAUCAUUUUUAUUGAAAAAAGGCAAUCUUUAUUUAAUACUAAAACGCAGUGAGGAACUCUGGGAUACGUUGAUCAGCAAUGAGCAUGUUAGUUCGUUUGAUCAUGAGCUUGGUUUAAAUUGGUUUAUAACCUGUUCCGAAGAUCUCAAUCGUGAUUCUCAAUUAGCAUUAUUUGAAAAACGUGUGUCGAAACUCGAUCCAAUCCAUCUGACGCAAAAAGGUUACGCCUGCUUUAAAUUAUAUUUCGAACGAUGCAAUUUGGAACGAUGGAGUCAAUCGAGAAAUUAUAAUUACAGUUCGAGUACUUCAACGUCUUCCGACAAUGAAAUUCUUGAGUAUAAAUGCGUCGAUGAAUUGUGGAAUAUUAUUUUAUGCGUUGGGGAUGAUAAUCUUGCUAAUGAAGCAACACGCUUUCUUCUGGAUUUAUAUUAUUCGAAACAACCGAAUCGCACACGUCGUCCGGCUGCUCAAUCACUACAUGAAUGUUUCUUAAAAGAAGUUUAUACUCGUUUAAGCUCGCUGCUUCGUUCCGCUGUCCCACCGUCCGAUUGUUUAACGCCAAAACUCGAAGAAUAUUACAAAUCGUUACGAACUUACGGUGAACAGCUUGUUGUCAUAGAUCAUCCAAGCAAUCCUCAAACUGAAUCCAAUGUGAAAAUCGAUCAUAAUCUCUGGUUGCAAAAAAUCGAACGAUUGCUUAUGAUCACAGAGGAAUACAUUCAUGCUGUUGAACGUGAACGUUCUCCGACUGCACACAUAGCAUCAUUUCACGGUUUAGAAUAUCAAAUCAAAAUUGUUCUCGGCGAAUUGGGAAAAAACAAUUGUCCGUAUGACAUUGCAGUUGUUCAUUCAAACGAUACAUUAGAAAUGUUACGUAGUCGUCUUUCUACCCAUUAUAAAGUUUCUGCAAGUGAUAUUCAUAUCUCCAUACAAAAUACUCGACCAUUACCAUCAACAUACGAUCAUUUAAGUUCGAUAAAUAAUGCCAUUGCAUUACCAUCGAGUUCUUCGUCAACUUCACCAUCAUCGACGACAUCUUCGUCAACAAAUAACACCGUUCUUGGCUCCUGGCUGAAUAAUAAAUAUCUAUAUCAAGUUCACAUCUCACCGGGUACAACAGUAUACAUCAAAUUUCUCGGCAGUUCAUCAAAUCAACUCAUCAAAGUAAAUAAUUCCGAACCAGUUCGUCUCUACUUGACGCAUGCAGCACAGAAUCUUGAUAGUGACCACUUAACGCCUUCAAAUAUGAUUAGCGAGAAUCUGAAAGUCUAUGACAUUCUCUACAAACUGUCUUAUUUGAAUAAAAAGAAUAUUCACAAUCGUAUACGAAAUCUUCUUCGUUUAAUGCUAUCGGACAUCCGUAUUGUUGAUUUACUUGAUCUAAUUUCAACUCGCGCCGCCAAUGCGUGCAUUAACGAACGUCGACAAUCGAAUGAAAAUGUGAAUAACCAACAAAUUAAUCCGAAACAAGCGAUCGAACAUGUUUUUAAUUUCGAUGAUAGUAGUCUAAUCAAAAUUCUCUACAAUCUCGAAAUCCUAUCAAGUAAAAUCUCGCCUCUCGCGAGUAACAUCGGAACUAAACAAAGUUCGAAACUAUUUCGACAGGAUUUUAUCGAACAAUCCGGAGUGGAAUUUCUCUUCAAAUUACUUCAAUCGUUAAAUCAUUUUAUUCACGAUGAUUAUCAAUAUUCUCUGUGCGAAGAAAUGACCAUACUGAUUCUGCAGUUAAUUCAAUUAUUAUUAUGCGGAACUAAUGCAAAUCAAACUGAAGAAGUUCACUUGUCUCGGCCGACAUCGCCCGUUGCUGUUUCAGCUAAUGAUAAUGUAAUGGACACAAUUGACUUUGACUUUCAAGCAACUGUCGAACAUCUACAAUUCGAAGAAUUCGUUGGACAAGUUAAACAAUUGAUAUUCUUGUGUUGGGCAGCAGCAGCUGGAAAUAUUCGUUUGCAAGAGCAGAGUUUAACGAUCAAAGAGCAAGUGAAAUUAGAUCGUCAUGUUUUGUUACAGCAAAUCAAUGCGAAUGUCUUCUCGAGAAAUAAUAGUAAAAAUUCCUCGUCAAGUGAUUCAUCUGUGAAUAAUAAUGUUCAACAAACCGUUCAGUUUGGAAUCUGUGUGAAGAAAGAUUCAAUUUUACCUUUGGAUAGUGAGAUAGCCGAGAAAAUCAUCGAAAUCAUUAUGUUUUGCUUCGAGAAACGUCCGGAAUUUAUCGCCACCUUUCUUGUUCAACCGUUUUUCGCCGAUUUUCUUCUGGAAAUCUUAAUCAGCACCAGUUCGCGUGAAGUACGUCAGUGCGCAUUACGUAAUAUCAUUCGUUUGUGUAAAAUUCAAACAUCCGCCUGUGAUAUUCGUGCUGUCAUUCAUCAAAUCAUCUUGAAAGCACGAUUACCACUGUGGGCGACAUCGAGUGCAGGUGCUCGAGGGUCAAAUCAAAAACUAUUAGCCCAAUCGGUUGAAUAUUUCGAUAUACGUUGUCAACUAACCGAGAAUUUAUCGAAAGAAAUGCAGAAACUACUAAAAAUUGAUGCUAAACAAAUUUUAACCAAUGAAUUUAAUUGGUUAUCAACCUACACCGUCUCAUCCACAUCGAAUGAGUUACGUGGAAUCGAUAAUAUUCUAUUCAUGGGUCAUUUAAGAUUUAUCCGGACAUUAUUGACAUGUGAUAAUAUAAAUAAAAUCGAAUUUGGCCGUGAUUUUAUUCCUUUGCUGAUUGAACAAUUUCUAUUUCCAGCUUCGAAAAGUAUGUCGUUAACGAUAGCAGCAACGAAUACUGAAAACGAUUCCGUGGAUGACGCUGUGCCCGAGCCGAAAUGUUCGACAAGUGAAAGUCGGUUAGCAGCAUAUGAUGUUCUCGUUGAAUUAGUACGCAAUUGUCGGUCGAAUUUGAAAACUGUUGUGGAGGAUUUGAUUAAACUUCAUCAUCGAGCUAUACUUGAAAAGCAAACGGAAUGGGAGUUCAUGCCACAAGUGAAUCCUCGUGCUUCUUGUGGUCUGGUCGGCCUUUACAAUGGUGGUGCAACAUGCUAUAUGAAUUCUAUUCUUCAACAGUUGUACAUGUUACCACAAAUCUCUGAACAUAUUCUAAGUGUUCAAGAUGACCUGGAGAACGGUAAUGACUCGCAUAAGAAUGGUGAUUCGGGUUUGUUUCAUCAACUUCAACAAGUUUUCGGACAUUUGAUGGAAAGCAAAAUGCAAUACUAUUCACCAGAAGCUUUAUGGAAAGUAUUUCGAUUGUGGGGACAGGAAAUCAAUAUCCGUGAACAACAAGAUGCAUUCGAUUUCUUUACAGCGAUGACGGAUCAAAUCGAUGAAUAUUUGAAAAGCAUGAAACAAGAAGAAGUCUUUCGAAAAAACUUUGAAGGCAUUUUUUGUAAUCAAAUGAUAUGUACCAAUGGUUGUCGACAUCGUUAUGAAGGUGAAGAACGAUUUAUGGCAUUAAACGUCGCUGUUAAAGUCGAUUCACUGAAUGAAUCUUUGAACCAAUUUGUCAAAGGUGAAGUCUUAGAUGGAAAUAAUGCUUACUUUUGCGCCAAAUGUCAAGAGAAGCGAACGACAAUCAAACGAUUAUGUAUUAAAAAGUUACCACCUCUGUUAUGCAUCCAAAUGAAACGUUUCGGAUUCGAUUGGGAAAACAAUCGUGCAUUGAAAUUCGAUGAUUACUUCAAAUUUCCAUUAGUACUCAACAUGGAACCGUACACAUUAGAUGGCGUCAACAAACGGGAAAGUUUUGUAGAACACGAAGAUACAACCAAUAACGAAAACUUAAUUAAUUCAUCAGUAUUGAACACAGAUGAGAAUAAAUCUUUACCACGUACGACUGGUAAUCUAUCGAAUGGCAUGCCAACAAUCAAUUAUGAAUUAAUCGGUAUUGUUAUUCAUUCGGGCCAAGCCAAUGCAGGUCAUUAUUACUCAUUUAUAAAAGAUGUUCGCCGUCGUCAUUCGAAUAAUACGAAUCAAUGGUACCGUUUUAACGAUACCUCCGUUGAGGAAAUUCAAUUAACGGAGCAAAUGCUCGAAGAAGAAUGUUUCGGCGGAACGUUUCGCGUACAAAAAGAUAACAAUAAUUCAACAGAAGAACGCACACGAUUUUGGAAUGCUUAUAUGCUUAUCUAUCAAUGUAUUGAACCAUCGAAACUACUUCCGCCACCUGCUCCUGUACCUUCAUCACCGAGUGGUGCUCGUUCAUCGCGUCACAUACCAGGAUCAGCUGUUCGCGUUCAUCGUCCUAAUCAACGCGAUUCAUUAUCUCAAUUGGCUGAUUUGGUCGUUCGAAGUGAAAAUACGGAUUUGUUCAAAAUUGAAAAACCUCUCAUUCCAUCGCGUGUUCUUGCCUGCGUUAAAGAUGAAAAUCUUGAGUUUCUCAAGAAUCGCGACACAUACUGCGAAGAUUAUUUUCAAUUCAUUUACAAAAUAUGUAAUAUAUGUUUCGCUGAUAUUAAUCUUCCACUCGACAUGGAAAUGAUCGAGGAUGACAGUGACGAAACAUCAUAUGACUUAUGCACCAAAUUAGCAUUGAAUUUUCUUUUUAAUACUCAUCUCCGAACGCACCGUCGUCUACGUAAAGACUCACUUCAACAAUGGGUACAAUUGCUAGCACGUCUGUUUAACAAAAAUCCAACGUCAUGUGAAAUUUUCUAUCAAUUGUUACAUGAACGAAAAGAAAAUGGAUUGAAAUUAUAUCUACUCGAUUGUCCGAUCGAAGAUAUCCGUUAUACAUUCGAACAAAUCUGUGAACAAGUUUUACAAGCAACAUAUCUACAUUUAAUAGAAAAAAAUGCGCAAAUUCAAGCGACUAAUCUCAACGAUAAUCAGGAAACGUUGAUCAUCAAUGUUGGCUAUCAAUUAUCGUCUCUAAUGAAACAAUUCAUUGAACAAUUGAUAUCUCUCUUCGAUAAGUCAGUUGUUGAACAGGUUAAGCAUUCACAAGCAUUCUUCCAACUGAUUCAUUCGUACAUCAGAAUCAAUCAAGAUGCCAUCGAUUACCUGUUACAGUUGAACACAUUUUCACGUCUGAUGACUUUUCUGCUAGGAGACAAUAUCGAUGCACGACGUUGGAAUUCCGGUCAAGCGAAAGAAUUCGGAAUAAUACACGAAAUCAUUGCCACAUUAGUUCUAGCUUGUAAUUUAACUGCUGAUACGUUCGAUGAAAAGCAAUUACAAUUGAAAAAUCAUAUGAAAACAUACUUUCAAGGCAAAUGGGCAGCGCGAUAUUUGAAAGAGAUCUGCUAUGCGUUCCAAGAAGUCUCGCCGUCACAAUUAGUGCGUACAAUACAUUUAAUGGAGAGUUUAGCAUUCAAUAAUGAAUUCUUUUCCGAACAACUGAUUCGAAUUAUCUUACAAUCGAUCGCCCAAGCGCAUACGAAUGAUAUGAAAUCGUUAUUUAACUUUCUGAGUCAUAUUUUAUUAAUCGAAGAUUCUCUGCAAAGCAAACGAAUUCAAUUAGCAUUCGCAGGUGUCAACGCACAGAGUAAUGGGGACAACUUUCAGAUAUUCAAUGGUUUGUAUUCACUCAUUCAAAUAAGCAUCGAAAACGAACAACGUCGAGCUUAUCAAGCAGUAAAGUUUCUUAUUAAUUUAUCGAACAGAAGUAAUGCAUGCAAAGAAUAUUUUUCUUCGACUGCUGAUCAAUGGGAAUUCGCGAUCAAUUGGUUGAAACAGCAAAUGCAAACAUCAUGGCAAUGGUCACCCGCACAGAAUGUGUCCAAUGAAGAUACUGAUACGCGAUCAUUUCAACGUACACGUAGUGCGCAAUUCACUUUAGAACAAGCUCAGUCUCUUCUUCAACAAACAACAGCAAUAACAUCGCCAACAGCAAACAAUGAUGUGUCAACAAGUGAAGCCAUGGACUUAAAUGAUACUCCGAAUCAACUCUCGGCUAACAUCGAGGUUGAUUGA